AUGAUGCACAACCGCAAUUCCUCUCGUCCGCGUAUCUCGGUGGAACCUCCUUCCCCUCAGACCGACGCCCAGUAUGCUAAUUCACCCGCGAGCGCCGCCUCGAACAGAGGAUCACCAGCCACGAGCAAGCCAUCUCAAAUCGAACCCUCCUUCUUCACGGUCCUCCGACACCUACAAACCCCGCUCUGUCCUCUAGUCUCCAGCACCACGGGUCUUGAACACCCAGAGUUCCCUCCGACCCUCCUUGCCUUCCACCUCCUGACAUCCAGCCAGUUAGAUGAUCUCGCCCGGCACUACCACCAGGUCUGGCCACCGGUCCCGGCCACAUUGUGCUACCCGGUGACCAUCCGCCCGUGGGUUGGGACGGAUCUGGAGUCGGAAACGAAUCUCCAGACCAAGCGACGACGAUUCGGACGAUUCAUUGGACUCCGCGGGUGUGAGUCCCCGGUGGAAGAACCUCGCUCGGAUCCAGCAUCUGAAGAAACCGACGCUGAGAUGCUGGCGCGUAUGGAUCGGGAAUGGCAAGAAUGUCUUUUCCGAGCGCGAUUGGAUUCUGACGCAUCGCUCCGGCUGAAGAUGAGUGGGAUUUGA